AAAUAAAAACAAAAACAAACAAUAAUAAAUUUAACGCGAGGACGGUGGUGCAGUCUCUAGUUUUAAAUAAAUUUAAGUUAAAAAACAAAUAAAAAUAAAAUGUCUCAAGAACCAGAAAUUGCUAAAGAUGCAGUACUCAAGAAAAGUGAAGCCAUCCCCGAAGGAACACCACAAGUUAAGGGCUAUGAUUUUAAUGAAGGCAUUAACUAUAGUAAGAUGUUUGAGUCAUAUGUCAAUACAGGAUUUCAAGCCACUAAUUUGGGUUUGGCCAUUAAGGAAGUAAAUAGAAUGUUGGAUUGCAGAGCCCAGCCUUUAACGGAUGAAGAACAAGAUGAGCACGAAACCGAUGAAUUUAUUAAAAGGAAACAUAAAUGUACUAUAUUUUUGGGUUUCACUUCCAAUCUAGUGUCUUCUGGUCUUAGAGAAACUUUAAGAUAUUUGGUGGAACAUAAAAUGGUAGAUUGCGUUGUUACAACAGCAGGAGGUGUGGAGGAAGAUUUUAUUAAAUGUUUAGCGCCUACAUUUAUGGGUUCCUUCGAAUUACCUGGUCGUGAUCUAAGGGAUCGGGGUAUUAAUCGUAUUGGCAAUUUGUUGGUGCCCAAUGAUAAUUACUGCAAAUUCGAAGAUUGGCUCAUGCCUUUGCUAGAUGAAAUGCUAGAGGAACAAAAAAGUCAGGGAACAGUUUGGUCUCCCUCACGCAUCAUACAUCGUUUGGGUGAACGCAUUAACGAUCCUUCUUCCAUUUACUAUUGGGCUGCCAAAAAUAAAAUCCCCGUCUUUUGCCCUGCCCUCACCGAUGGUAGCCUUGGUGAUAUGAUGUACUUUCAUUCCUUCCGUCAUCCUGGACUAGUCGUUGAUAUAUUGUCCGAUUUGAGAAGACUUAAUACUAUGGCUGUUAAGGCUAAAAAUUCCGGUAUGAUUAUAAUUGGCGGUGGUGUUAUUAAACAUCAUAUUUGUAAUGCCAACUUAAUGCGUAAUGGUGCUGAUUUUUCGGUUUUCAUUAAUACCGCUUCGGAGUUUGAUGGUAGUGAUAGUGGUGCUAGACCGGAUGAAGCUAUUUCAUGGGGUAAAAUACGCAAAGACGCUGCUCCGGUUAAAGUGUAUGCUGAGGCCAGUUUGGUGGUUCCUAUAAUUGUUGCAGAGACAUUUGCUAAGAGAAUAAAUGCUGAGAAGAGUAGUUAGGACUUUCAACAACUUAAAAUACUUGUUUGAAAAUAUGUAUACUCAAUUUGCAGUAAGACUUCAUUUAUAUGAGAAUAUGGAGUAUAACGUCCAAGAAGUAUUCUUUGUGCUUAAACAUUGUUAUAAUUUAUUUAUAUUUUUGUAUAAAUAAAGUAUAUUCAUAAAUUGAA